AUGGAAUCUACCACGAAGAAAAUCUGUCGUUCUAGGAGCUGGGCGCGUUUUGAUGUAGCUCUCAGCGAGAAUGAGGGCAAUGCAUCCAGUCCUACUUGUCCACCUCACGAGACCAUGAACGAGCAGCCUCUGGAUGAGAAGAAGCCUGUGGAUAAAACGACCUUGGACGCGAAGCCUGUGAGGCAGAAGGCGGCGGAGCCUCAACCCGUCUACAACUUCGGCAAUGAGCAGCCAAGCUAUGAUGCAGAUGCGGAAGGAAAAGCAAAGAAGUUAAAAUACAAGAAACGGCGUUACAUUACUCGUCAAGAUCCAACAGAGCCUGAGACGAAGGUGCAAGUCCCCGCUCUCGAACCCAGCGAACUCGGCCGUGUGCUCCACGACAUAUACCUCAAGCAAGACGACUAUGGCCGGAUGGUUUCACAUCCAAAUUAUAUCCAUAAAUACAUUCCAAAAAAAUUUAUCGAGCCCUAUGAUGUGGAGAAGGCGGAUGCCCUCUUUCAACAGUUCGUGACUCUCAAUAUUGACAGGCUUCUUUACAAAGAAGAUCCUGUCAACCAAACCCUUUAG